AUGACGCGCGCCCUAUUCUCUGGAAGGGUGUUCCACGGUUACCGGCGUUUGCCAUGCUGGCGGAUCUCUUCUGCUUAUCGGGUCCUGAAUGUUUAUACUGCCCGACAAGCAAGUUCUACCAGUACAAUCGGCUCUGCGAACGUCAGCUCGCUCGAGACGGGACAUAUCACUUUGGAAGAUAAUGAAGGGCUAGUAUUCGUCAACAAUAUUUUCCCACGAAAGCUUCAAUGGCUACUACAAUUGGGCCCUCUCAAUGGCACGCAUUCCUAUGAGAAAGCUUUGAAACGCAUCAACCGUCCGCAACUUGCAGCGUCCGAUCCGCUGCAUAUCAUUCGCCGUGUACUUCCCCAAGACCUGGACAUCGACGUCAAAGACGUCAUCCCCCGCUUCCGUGAAGGCGGUGCCUUUGUGAAGUAUGCUCGCAAAUCAGAAGCAACAGACGCCGAAAUCGAGGCUAGUAUCAAAGAGCAUUUGGAAAAGAAUCCUAUCCGGCCGUGGUUCAACCCCUUCCAACAAGCAACAGUUGCUCACGUCCAAGGCAGGCCGUGGAUCGAAGACCUCUAUCGCAUUCCUAGUCCGCGUAUAAGAGUUGAAUUUCAUCCAGCUACACCUGAGGGGUCAGCGACAGAGUUGACCACAGAAGUCCUCUACUCGGUUUUCCGCAGGUAUGGAAAACUUCGUUAUAUUGAGCAACAGCCGCCGGACUCGAAAGUCACGCCAAGGUAUGCAUUGGUUGAAUUCGCACGCCCUAGCAACGCGGUUACUGCAAAAAACUGCGUCCACGGGUUUACCAUACCUCCUGAAGGAGGAGAAGGCAAGUCCGGCACUCGGGUCAAGAUCAAGUAUGAAAGGAAGAUUAGACUGUCUAUGAUCAAGGACUGGCUCCUGAGCCAUCCCCGUCUAGUGAUUCCUGCCGUUGCCGCUCUCAUUGCCGCUAUCACAGUGACUAUUUUCGACCCGAUACGUACCUUUUUCAUCAAAAUGAAGAUCAAGGCGACGCUGCAGAUAGAAGAGAACAAAUUCCUUCAAUGGGUCCGGUACCAGGUCAGCAAAGCGAAUAUAUACUUCAGACAGAGCAAACCCGAUGUUCGGGGCUUGUCAGCAAUCUGGGAGGAUCGUCAUAACGAUAUUGAACAGCUCAACUCUUGGUUGACAGAAAGUGCGGAAACCUUCAUUGUGAUACACGGCCCGCGUGGCUCAGGCAAGCGCGAAUUAGUUUUGGACCGGACUUUAAAAGACAACAAGUAUAAACUUAUUAUCGACUGUAAACAGAUCCAAGACGCCAAAGGGGACACAGCGAAGAUUGCCCGAGCAGCUAGCCAAGUGGGAUACCGUCCAGUAUUCUCGUGGAUGAACAGUAUCAGCAGCUUUAUCGACCUUGCGGCACAGGGUAUGAUUGGCACGAAGGCAGGAUUCUCCGAGACCCUGGAUGCCCAGCUCAGCAACAUCUGGCAAAACACUGCGGUAGCUCUCAAGAGCAUCACAUUGGAGCACCGAAAGAAGACAGAUCCGGAUGCGCAACUUUCCGAUGAGGAAUACCUUGAGGCUCACCCCGAAGUACGGCCAGUAGUAGUCAUUGAUAACUACCUUCACAAUAACCCGGAGGCUACCAGUGUAGUUUAUGACAAGAUCACAGAGUGGGCUGCGGGUCUGGCAACCGGAAAUAUUGCACAUGUCAUAUUUUUGACAACUGAUGUGUCCUUCGCGAAACCUCUAAGCAAAGCCCUCCCGAACACGGUCUUUCGAACAAUUUCACUAGGCGAUUGCUCUCUUGAGGUCGGCCGAAAAUUCGUGCUCAAUCAUCUGGAACAUGAAGCAAGGAACAAGAACAAAGAUACCCGGCACGAAGAGGACCUGGCAGAACUUGAUAGCUGCAUUGGCGUGCUAGGAGGGCGUCUUACGGAUCUCGAGUUCAUGGCGCAUCGUAUCGAGGCUGGAGAAACGCCCCGAGGAGCCGUCACCCGCAUCGUGGAACAAUCAGCCUCCGAGAUUUUGAAGAUGUUCAUUUUGAAUCCUGAGUCCGAAUCACAGAAGUGGACUCACCAACAGGCCUGGCAUUUGAUCAAAACCCUCGCACGCUCGAAGGACGGCAGCGUACCCUACAAUCAUGUCAUUCAAUCUGACUUGUUCAAAUCAAACAGUCAAGCUCUCCGUGAGCUCGAACAGGCGGAGCUGAUAUCAAUCGUCACCGUCAAUGGCUCGCCUGAGAGGGUGAGGGCUGGCAGGCCGGUUUAUCAGGCUGUGUUCAAGCGAUUGACUGAAAACAAGGCCUUGAGCAGCCGCUUGGAUAUGGAGGUCUUGUCACAGCUCAUCAGUAAAGAGAACAAGAGCAUUGGAAAGUACGAAGAGGAGCUCCUCUUGCUAGGGAAGCUGCCAAAGCAGCCUCGAGAACUCACAGGGAGAAUCCAAUGGUUGCUGCAGAAGGUGUACAACUCGCAGAACAAGAUUGCAAAGUAUGAAGCUGAAAGUGCAGCACUCCAAAAGAUGCUGCAAAGUGAGCAUUAGUUAUCA